GGGUUCUUAUUUUCUACAUAAUAUUGUUUGAUUUUAUUUCCUCUCCGUUUAUAAUUUUUUUCUUUCUUUACUGUCUAAAUUUAUCCAACUAAAUGUUAUUACUUUUGUUCAUUUAAUGUCACUUUCUUAAAAAUUAUUUAAAUACACUAAUACAAUUUGUAACUGUACUUCAUCUUUACUUAUAAAUAAAUAAAAAAUAGUUGAAAGUUGUACAUGCUUUUCGAGAUCAACGGGAUUCAGAAGAUGAACGUGUGAAUAUAGCAGCGUUAAUGCAUCAUCAUCGUUCAUCAAAAGAUGUCUUACAACCAACAUCAAAGAAAAGAAGAAAAUCACAGCAACUAUAUAAGAAUAACAAUGACAAUAAUAAUAUUAAUUCACAUCAACAAUCCCAUCGUUACCACCACCACCAACAGCGACGACAACAACUUCAACAAACGGAUUCCACAGACUUUUCUCCUACUUUCCCAGUUACAUCAAAUAAGUUGGGAGAAAAAAUUGCAGAAGGACAUCCACUGUUAGUUUUAGAGCUAACUAAUGAUGAAGAAAAGUAUCAUGAUAGCAAUGAGCAUUGUGAUAUCAACGAUGAUGGUAAUAAUAUCAAUGUCAACACCAGUAAACAAAGACAAGAUCAUGAUCAGGAAAGUACACUUACCGAAGUAACAACGAUGAAAUGCAAGAAGAAUAAUGAUGAUAACCAGUUUGAAGAAACUGGUUAUGAAAUUUCAAAGGAAACUACGGACAAUAUGAUAAAUCCAGAUCUUGAAGAAUGGAUUAAAUCGAGUUGGUUACAUGAUUCAAGUGGGCAAGAAAACAUAAGCUGUACUGUGCCAGAAUCAUCAUAUAAUAUGGGAAAUAGUUUUCAACUACAAAAUAAUCCCUCAGCAUGUACAUUUGAGCGUCAAGAUUCAAAUACCGUUGUAGUUGGAAGAAAUCAACAUUCAAAUCGGCCGCAUAAACAAAGAAGAUCAAGUAAACCACCUGCUCCGCCACCUCCAUUUAAACAACCAUUUAGUACAGCUACCUCAGACAGCUCUAAUCUACUUUAAACUUCCUGUGAUAUACAUCAGUCCAACUGUUUAUUCUUAAGUUUCAUCUACCUAUAUUAUUGAAAAGAACAUGAUAUAUAAUCUCAUAUCGUUUAUAUAAUAAUGCAUUGUUCCUCAACAAAUUAGUGAAUAAACAUAUUACUUCUUACUCUACAUUAAAAAAGAAUUUAUCUAUUAUUUGUAAAUUAAAUUUGAAGAUAUUGUCUACUAGAAACAUUGUUCAAUUUGUAAUCUCAGUGAAAUCUUCAUUCAUAUCUAUGAAACUCUAUACGUUAAAACUGAGAUUCUUACUUCAUAUAUAGAAUCUCAUCUUAAAUAAUUAAUUAUUAAUUAUUUAACAAUUCCCUUUACAUUUAAUUCAUUUCAUAUAAGAAGAAACAGUGAUUUGCCUAGCAGUUUAAAAUUUGCUCAAUCAUCAAUUACAGUGAUUUUUAUUAUCAUCAUCAUCACCAUCAUCAUUAUCAUCAACAACAACUUCCGUUUUGGAAAUCACUUUGUUUUCCAACGUAUAUUUAAAGAAAACAUUUUUUAUAUUAUAUACUACUUCUAUAUUCUUACCGUCAGUUACUUUGGUUUAUUUAAAUUAAUUCUAAUAUAAUGUUAUUGUAUUCAAAGAAAUAUUAACUUAAUGAUUCCCUCUCUAAAACAUCUUAU